AUGUCUCCACCAAAUGAUGAUCCAGUGGCCAACUCAUCCCACGAACAAGAAGAACCUCUGCUCCGAACACCGACAAGGCACUAUGAGUCCUUCCUCGCCAAUCCUCACGGCGUCAAGAAGUCUCGGAAUCGCAACAACAACAACGUUGCCUCGAGAUCCUGGUCAGAGUACCUCAAUACGAAAAUCACAACGCGCUAUACCGACCUCGUCCUCAUCUUCUGCUUCGGCACAGGAAACACCAUCUUCGCCGCCCUAGGCGUCUCGAAUCUGCCAGCCCAACAGCCAAAAUACGCCUGGGCAAAGUCCUUGACUUCCAUCCUCGCCUACCUCCUCGGCGCUCUCGUCUUCUCCAACUUCCACCGCUUCGUCGGCGAAAGGAAACGCUGGGCCUUCGCCUUCUCGUUCCUUGUCCAAGCAGCCGUAACUUUGAUCGCAGCCAUCCUGGUAGGCAACCGCAGCGUCUCCGGCUCACCCGUCAGUCUGUCAUUCUCAACCUCGACAAUACCCGAAGAUCCUGGCUUUCCGUGGACAGAUCUCAUACCUAUAUCUCUCCUUGCCUUCCAGGCUUCUGGCAAAGUAGCGGCCAGUAGGAUCUUGGGCUGGAAUGGCCUGCCUACUGUGGUACUCACAUCAUUGUAUAGUGACUUCAUGGGCGAUCCGGGGUUAUUGGCGGGUCCGUUCGCAAAUGCCACAAGGAACCGCCGACUUGCAGCAAUCAUAUUCUAUCUCGGAGGCGCAGUGGCUGCUGGUCCGCUUGUGAAAAGCGGACCAGGCUUCUCGGGUCUGCUGUACGUGGCUGUAGGGAUGAAGUUUGGGGUCGUGCUUUCAUGGAUCCUGUGGCCCGAGGAGAAGGAGGAGCAGGGUGAUGAGGAAGGUAAUUAG